AUGCUCCACCUGGAUAUUGCUUGCGACUUUUCAACGGCUGCGUUUCUACGUCUACUUCGACGAUUUUUCGGUCUAAGGGGAAUCCCGAGAACCAUCACAAAUGAUAACGCCCCGACAUUCACGAUGGGAGAAACCAUUCUUUCAGAAGAAUGCGUGAAAGAUCUGCAGCAAGACCCAGCCCUAUCCCGAGAACUCAGCAACCGUGAAAUUGACUGGCGUCACAUUACGCCCUACAUCCCUUGGAAAGAGGGUUUUUACGAACGUCUUAUCAAAUCGAUAAAACACUCACUUUAUAAGACUGUAGGAAAAGCAGUAUUGAGCUUCGAUGAGUUGUCAACUAUACUCAUUGAAAUAGAAGCCCAUACUACGAACAAUCGACUUCCAGGAGAAUGA